AUGAGCGGUGCGGGGCAGUCGCGCCGCCUCGGCGUGCGCAACCAGAAGCUGCGUGCGCCGCGCCGGCAUGGUCUCACCGUGUCCACUGACGAGGUGUGGGCACGGUUAUCGAUGGCCAUCACACAAAUCCAGAAACACAAUAUUUCGAAGCUGAGCUACGAGGAGCACUACCGCUACGCGUACAACCUGAUUUUGAAUCAACAAGGCGAUAUGCUGUAUGCCGGUGUGCGGAAGCAGGUCGAAGAGCACCUAAUGCGCGAGUGCAGCGAGCAGCUCGUGCCACUCUUUCCGCUCGACGCGGCGUCUGCGCAGAGCGCCCAAGACGUGCUCGAGCAAAAGGGCAAAGGGCGCGAUGCCGAGAUUGCGCCGGUGCUUGGCCUGCUCCCUGAUAGCCCUGGGACUGCAUCGAUCCUUGCGGGGAUUCCUGCGGGCGAGCGCUUCCUCAGCACGCUAACCGCCGUGUGGGACGACCACUGCUCGUGCAUGGGCAAGCUGCGCGACGUGCUCAAAUACGUGGACCGCGUGUAUGUUGCGAACCGCAACGAGCAGCCGAUCUGGGACCUGGGCCUCGACCUGUUCCGCGACACGGUCGUCCGCUCGAAGCGCGUCCCGGUGUCGGCGAAUUUGGUCGUGACGCUCCUGCGCCAGGUCUUUUGUGAGCGCCAGGGUGCCUCGGUCGAGCGGCGCACGCUCAAGAGCACGGCGGAUAUGCUGCUUGCCCUAUCGCAUCCUACGCCACAGACGCCGCGUCCGACGGUGUACGAGCACGACUUUGAGCCGGUCUUUCUCGCGACCACUGCCGAAUACUACCGCGCCGAGUCGCUGCGGCUGCUGGCCACCGGCCAGGCGACGUACUACCUCGAGCAGGUCGAGCGUCGCCUCGCCGAGGAAGAGGCGCGUGUCGCGGCGUGCCUGAGCAGUGCGACGCUGCCUGUGCUGCGCACGACGCUCGAGCGGCAUCUGCUUACCGACCACCUGGACGCGGUGAUUGCGAUGCCCGACGGCGGCCUCGUGGCGCUGCUCGAGGCUGACCGGCGCGGCGAUUUGGACCGCAUGUACCGUCUGGUCCGUGUGGUGCCGACCGGCCUUGUGGCGCUGAACAAGGCGCUGCGUGAGUACGCAACGACGCGCGGCCUUGCGAUCAACGAGUCGGCGCGUGCGGCCAAGACGGGCGAAGGCACGCCGGUGCCCACGGCCGAGCUCGCGAUUGCGUGGGUGAACGAGGUGCUUGCAUUCAAGACACAGUUUGACCAAGUGCUCUAUACCAGCUUCCAAGGCGACAAGUCGUGCGAGGCAGCGAUCAACGAGGCGUUUGACUCGUUCAUCAACAUGAAUGUGCGUGCGCCCGAGUUCAUCUCGCUCUUUAUCGACGAGCAUCUGAAGAAGGGCGCGAAAGGCAUGUCGGACGAGGAGAUCGAAGGCGUGCUAGUCAAGACGAUUACGAUUUUCCGCUUUGUGCACGAAAAAGACAUGUUCGAGCGGUACUACAAGCUGCACCUCACGCGGCGUCUGCUGCAUGGCCGCUCGGUCUCGGACGACGCCGAGCGCGGCAUGAUUGCCAAGUUCAAGGUCGAGUGCGGCCAUGGCUACGUGCAAAAGUUGCAAGGCAUGCUCAACGACAUGCGCCUCUCGCAAGAGGUCCUCGCCGCCUUCCACAAGGACCUGGAUAAGAAGCAGCUGGUUCUUCCUUUCCAGAUGAACGUCAAUGUCCUCACUGCGAUCUAUUGGCCGAUCAGCGCGCCCCAGGAGCAGUGCAUUCUCCCCGCGCAGCUCACCGAGGGGUGCAAAGCGUUCGAGAACUAUUAUGGCGUCAAGUACCAAGGCCGUGUCUUGACAUGGCAGCCCAGCCUCGGCUCGGCAGACGUCCGGGUGCGUUUCCGUGCGCGGGCGCACGAGCUGGUGCUGUCGACCUACGCGACGAUUGUCCUGCUCCUCUUUGAGCAUGUGCCGGACGACGCGUCGCUUACCUAUGACGAGAUCAAGUCGAGUACCAACAUGCCCGACGGCGACCUGCAGCGCACGCUGCAGAGUCUCGCGUGCGCCAAGUACAAGGUGCUGCGCAAAGAGCCGCGCGGCCGCGACGUGCUCCCGACCGAUCGCUUCUCUUUCAACGCCGACUUUACGUGUCCGCUCGCGCGCAUCAAGAUCGCCCAGGUUGCCGCCAAGGUCGAGACACCUACGGAGCGCAAAGAGACCACGGCCAAGGUCGAGGAGGAGCGCAAGAACCAGGUGGACGCGUGCAUCGUGCGUGUGAUGAAGAACCGCAAGACGCUCGCGCACAACGAGCUGGUGAACGAGGUGGUGCGCCAACUCCUCCCCCGCUUCCAGCCCACGCCUACACUAAUUAAAAAACGGAUUGAAGCGCUACUGGAGCGAGCGCGCCGAUGA